AUGAUCAGCCGAGCAAAGUCACCACAAUUUAAUACAGUUGAGAUUACUCCUUCAACUCCAUUGACUGAUUCUUCUUUUGAUAGCCAAAAUGAUCCAGAUUCUUUGUCACCUUAUUUACAUGGUACACGUAGAAAGGCAAGAUCAUUAUCUGCUGAAGUUAAAGGCGCUGAGAAAAAAGAACUUGCUAGCAUAGCUGUGAUCCAAAAACUUCAAAUUGAAUUUAAACAAUUGGAAUUGCUUCAUGACGAUAAGGCUAAAGGUUUAGAAGCUGUUAGACAAGAAUUUGCUCGUCUUGAAACCAAUCAUUUGACCACUAUCGAAAUUGUAGAAGAGCUUCGCGAAGAAAUCAAAAGACGUGAUGCUUUAGCACAAUUGGAAGUUAUGUCAGUUAUGUCUCCUGAUGCUUAUACUGAUGGUGGUUUUUCUGCUGCUGUAAGUGAAAUAGAUCAAAAUGAUAUAGUGCAUCGUCUUAGAGAUGAAGUUGAACAACUUAAAGAAGAACAAUUCAACAAAGAAAAAGCUUAUAGUGAAGAGGAUGCUAUCUUAUUAGCAGCCGAGAUUGAUGAUCGUGAUAAGAGAAUUGCUCAGCUAGAAAAAAAAGUUGAUGAACUUGUAAAUGAAAUCGUGAAAGGAACUUCUUCAAUAGGCGAUAGAGCUAAAGAAGGAAUAUCCAUUAAUUCUGGUUUAUUAGCAUUAGGAAAUGUAAUUUCUGCUUUAGGUGAUCCAUCAAGAGCAAAAAAUAUAACCCAUAUUCCAUAUCGCGAUAGAGCUAAAGAAGGAAUAUCCAUUAAUUCUGGUUUAUUAGCAUUAGGAAAUGUAAUUUCUGCUUUAGGUGAUCCAUCAAGAGCAAAAAAUAUAACCCAUAUUCCAUAUCAAACUGGAUGGCAUGAUUUAGAACAUUUGCAAAAUUUAGUUUUAAAACUUAGAAAUGAAAUAAAAGCUUUGAAGCAAUCUGUUGGUACUUUUUCAUCAAAUAAUCCUGGCUCUGGUAGAAAUACUCCUAUUCUACAACCUGAUGGCAGAGAUACUCCAUUGGAUCGUGGUAGUGGUAUUGGUACUGGUAAUACCGGUGGCCGUCGUCCAUCUACUCCAUCAACCGCAAAUAAUGGCUUCCAGAAAGAUGUUGAAUCCCUUGAGGAACAACUAUCAGAAUUGCAACGUUCUUAUGUUGAGCUUUCUAAAAAACAUGCAAAAACUACUGCUGAACUAUCUAUUUAUCAAGAUAAUUUUGAAAAUCAGGCAAAUGGACUAGCUUCUAUAAAAGAAGAGGAAAACAUCAACCAUAAUAACAAUGAUAGUGAUGAUAAUAAAAGUGAUUUGUUUAAUUCAGUUCCUUCCAGCUUUCAGGAAACUAUACGCCCAGUUAUCGAAGAAUAUGAAAAAUCAAUUGCUGAUCUUGAAAGUGACCUUUUUUUGGCUCGUGCCGCUUUAGCUUCCAUUGAAAAACAAAUUAGAGAAUAUGAAAUGAAACUUAUUGAAGUUGAAGAUUUAAGUUAUAAAGAUAAAAACGUGAUAAUGGAUUUAAAAAAUCAAAUACUUCAACAUCAUGAACUUGAAGAAACUAAUGAAACCUAUAUUAAAGUUUCUCAACUUAAUUCAACUGCUGAAAAUAGUGAAAGCAUCAUCCAGAAAUUAGAAGCUAAAUUAGCUAAAGCUGAACAAAAAUAUGCUAAAGCAAAUAAGGAUGCUUCACAACUUGGAAAACAUUUACAAGAGAGAGAAAAAGCCUAUGCAAAUUUAGAAGAACAAUUCAACAAAGAAAAAGCUUAUAGUGAAGAGGAUGCUAUCUUAUUAGCAGCCGAGAUUGAUGAUCGUGAUAAGAGAAUUGCUCAGCUAGAAAAAAAAGUUGAUGAACUUGUAAAUGAAAUCGAACUUGAAUCUAAAUUAUGCGAACUUCAAAAAAUUCAUGUAAAUACUGUUUUGGAAUUUGAAGAAAUAAAGGAUAAACAUCAGAGUUGUCUUGAUGAAAUCAAUGAACUUCACGCUCAAUUGGCUGAAGCAAAGUCACCACAAUUUAAUACAGUUGAGAUUACUCCUUCAACUCCAUUGACUGAUUCUUCUUUUGAUAGCCAAAAUGAUCCAGAUUCUUUGUCACCUUAUUUACAUGCUGUGAUACAAAAACUUCAAAUUGAAUUUAAACAAUUGGAAUUGCUUCAUGACGAUAAGGCUAAAGGUUUAGAAGCUGUUAGACAAGAAUUUGCUCGUCUUGAAACCAAUCAUUUGACCACUAUCGAAAUUGUAGAAGAGCUUCGCGAAGAAAUCAAAAGACGUGAUGCUUUAGCGCAAUUGGAAGUUAUGUCAGUUAUGUCUCCUGAUGCUUAUACUGAUGGUGGUUUUUCUGCUGCUGUAAGUGAAAUAGAUCAAAAUGAUAUAGUGCAUCGUCUUAGAGAUGAAGUUGAACAACUUAAAGAAGAACAAAAGAAAUCACUUGAUUUGCUUUCCGUGAGUGAUAUUAAAGUAACCAAAAAUGAUCAAAUUUUCAAAAUCGAAUCGUCUAUUCUUCAACUUAAAUCGGAAAUGAAUCAAUUUAUCGAAGAGAAUUAUCAGAAAUCCACAACUCCUUUGGAUAAAACUAACGAUGAAACCAUCAAUAAAUUACAGUCAAAAAUAAGAGAAUAUGGUAGAAGUUUGAAUUGA